AGGCACAGCAGCCUCAGAACAGUUCAUUCAGCUUCUCUAGAACUGAAACAAUUCUCAAGUUCAUAUAUGGAGCAACACAACAUAAAACAUUUACUGCAUCCUAAUAAUUUUUUAUUAGCCGUCAGUAGACUGAUCAUGAUUUUAGUUGAAAAACUCUGGGAUUGCAGAAGUUGUGAAAGCAGAAAGAUUUUAUGCUUAGUGCACGCCCAAGUCUUAGACUUAGUUUCACUUUUGCUGGGUGCAGUAGGAUUUAUUACGCUUUGAACAUCUGCCUCACAGUUACUGAGCUCUGCCCGUCAUCCUGCAGCUGUUUCUAAAAGAAGCAAGAGUGAACGAACGUCAAAGGUUCCUUCGGCAGUUUUAGAUAAUCAGUUCAAGCAGUCCAUAAUGAAUUCCAAACUCAACAGUACUCAACAGAACAUGAUCUGCUCUCAGCUGGGACCUUUUGAACUGAAGCUGCUCUACAAAGCCACUAUUCAUGGUUUUACUGGUGCUGCUUUCCACCAGAAAUGUGACAACCAGUCACCCACUCUAUCUGUGGGCUAUAACGCCGGUGGCUACAUAUUUGGAGGCUACACCAGACAACCUUUUAAUCAGUCUGGACAGUAUGUGAAUGAUGACCAAGCAUUUGUUUUUAGUUUUGUUGAUGGAAAACUAAAAAAAUAUCCAGUUGUUAGUCCUCCACAUGCCGUCAAAAUGAAUGGAAACUGCGGUCCGUACUUUGGGGAAUCCCUUGUUCUUGUCAACGGAAACCAACCAAUAGUCUACAGUAAUCCAGGGAUUCAAUACAACUUCAAUGCUGCAGAGAUGCACGGAAAUAACCUUAACCUGACAGAGUGUGAAGUCUACCAGAUUGUGUUUUCAACAAAGGGAAAGAUUAAAAUCGAGAAUCCUUGGAGGACUAUAAUCUGGAAUAUUGAGAAGAGGGCCGAGCUGAUGGAGAGCAUCAGAACCUACAAACCCACACUCAGUUCUGUGCCCCAGGCUCGGGUUUUGCUCAUCGGACAGGUCGGAGCCGGAAAGUCCAGCUUCUUCAACUCCAUCAACUCUGUGUUCAGAGGCCAUGUCACCAGCCAGGCCAUCGCUGGCAGCUCUUCCACCAGCCUCACCACUCGGUUUCGAUCCUACUGUCUGAAAGCUGGACGAGAAGGCAAACCUCUGCCAAUCAUCCUGUGCGACACCAUGGGCCUGGAGGACAGCAAAGGGGCGGGGCUUGAUGUGGAGGACAUCAGCAGCAUCCUUGAAGGUCAUAUGCCGGAUCGAUACCAGUUCAACUCAUCUGCUCCUCUUCAUCCUGAGUCUCACGGCUAUCGCAAAUCUCCAGACCUCAAAGACAAGAUCCACUGUUUGACAUUCAUCCUUGAUGCCACCAAGGUCUCCAUCAUGCCUGCAAAGCUGGCAGAAAAGUUGGAAGCUAUCCGCAAAAAGGCCAACUUGUUGGGAGUUCCUCAGCUGGUUGUACUCACUAAGGUUGAUGAAGCUUGUCCCUUAUUAAAAGAGAAUCUGACAAACAUUUAUCAGAGUGUCUACAUUAAGGAAAUUAUGCAGGAGGCCAGCUCUAAGCUCGGCAUGCCGCUGUCCUGCAUUGUUCCAGUGAGGAACUACGUCGAGGAACUGGAUCUGGACCUGAACACUGACAUCCUGCUGCUCAGCGCCGUCAUCCAGAUGCUCCGGUUUGCUGAUAACUACUUUGAUGAGAUCAGCGACCAACUUGGGAACCUUCGAACCAAAGAAUAAGGGUUUUAUGGUCAGCUGGCCAACUGCUGGUUCCAUUAGAAUGAUGAUUGGGGUCUUUAGCUUCUUGGAAAAAAAUGGAUUACCCUCUGUGUAUAUUUUUGUUAUAAUUAAAACAUAAAAAAGCCAAACAUGUAAUUCUAUCCAUCAUCAUGUCUGUCAGUUAGCCAUUACAUGGAGGAAUUUUUUCAAUGCUAACCAAACUGGUGAAUCCUAUGAAGUCCCACUGUGACCAGGACUCUUUCACAAGUAAUGCUUUGGAACGAAACAAACACCCAACCAUCAUCUCCACUAUUAUUGGAGCAACAAUUAAAUCUGUGUUUUUUUUUUUGUUUGUUCUUUUUUUUAAAUUGAACUAAAACUAUAUUCAUCAAGC